AGCAGUUAAUCCAUCACUGAGCAGUCAGUUGUGAAGAAUCAUGAAUAAUUCCACAAGCCUGAAGGUCCGCUUGCCAGUGCUGGUUCUGGUUUUGGAGGUGGUUUUGCUAGCUCUCUAUGCCAGCUUUGUCACUUAUGAUGACAAUGCGAACGCCAAGAUGCAAAACAAUGAAACCAACCCCAUGGACAACUCAUUGUAUAAAGACUACCCCUUUUUUGCUGAUGUGCAGGUGAUGAUCUUCAUUGGCUUUGGCUGCCUGUUGGCUUUCCUGCGGUUCUAUGGCUUCAGCGGGAUGGUCUUCAAUUUCCUUACAGCCACCUUUUCUAUCCAAUGGGCCAUUCUGGUGCAAGGCUAUUUCCAAUUCUACUAUGAUGGAAAGAUUCAUCUGGGUGUGAUCAACCUGCUCAAUGCUGAAUUUGCUUGUGCGGUUGUGCUCAUUUCAUUUGGGGCUGUGCUGGGGAAGACCAGUCCAGUCCAGCUCCUUGUCAUGGCUCUGCUGGAAGUCCCCAUUUUUGCUGUCACAGAAUGGUUUGUGUUAAAGCAUCUCAAGAUCACUGAUGCUGGUGGCACCAUCCUCAUCCACUUAUUUGCUUGCUACUUUGGGUUGGGAGUGACAUUUGUACUUUACCGCCCCAACUUGAACCAGGGUCAUGUUAAGGAGAUCACCAGUUACCAGUCCGACAUCCUGUCUCUUAUAGGAACUCUGUUCCUUUGGGUGUUCUGGCCUUCCUUCAACUCAGCCCUGACCGUCAAAGGAGACGACCAGCACAGGGCAGUGUUGCACACGUUCAUAGGCCUUAGCUCCUCCACCCUCACCGCCUUCGCUCUCUCAGCUCUGUUCAACAAAAGAGGCAAGCUGACGAUGGCUGACAUUCAGAAUGUGACUCUGGCAGGUGGUGUAACUGUUGGAGCCUCUGUGGACAUGAUGAUCACUCCCUCUGCCGCAUACGCACUUGGCAUCAUGGGCUGCAUAGCCUGCUUCUUUGGCUACAGGUACCUAACCCCAUUCAUGGCCCGCCACUUGAAGAUCCAAGACCAAUGUGGGAUUCACAACCUCCAUGGCCUCACUGGCCUCAUAUCCAGCACUGCAGGCAUCUGUGCAAUCCUCAUGGCCACUGAGGAGACCUAUGGUCCUAGCAUGUACCAGAUCUUUGCUCACCGUGCACCCCCUGAGGGAGAUCCCAAGCUGCUGGAGCUGCAGCAGCUGAUCCCAGGACUAAAGCCUGGCCUGGGACGCACUGCCCAGGAGCAGGCCCUCUUCCAAGUCGCAGCUAUCUUCUUUACCAUUGCAGCAGCCUCAGUUGGGGGGUUGCUAACUGGAUUUGCCUUGAAACUGCCCUGUCUGGCAAUGCCAUCUGACAAGUUUUGCUUUGACGAUGAGUUGUUCUUCGAUGUGCCCUCUGACUUUGACAGCAUGGGUGUAAACAAAGCUCCCAUCAACUCUGAGGAUGACACCAAAGUUUGAGGUAACAUAAUUUAAUAUCUGUUAAGGGGACUCUGGGAAAGCAAUAUUUAGGCAAUGAGUAGCCUAUGCUGCAUUGUUUUUGCUGU